AUGACAGGUUUUUAUUAUUUUGUAAUCGUCGGUCAUGGUGACAAUCCUAUAUUUGAAAUGGAAUUCAUGUCUAGCAAAGAAGUUAAAAAAGAAGACCAUAGCCAUUUGAACCAGUUUAUAGCUCAUGCUGCCCUAGAUCUGGUUGAUGAACUGAUGUGGAAAUCUACAUCUAUGUAUUUGAAAACUGUAGAUCGAUUUAAUCAUUGGACGGUGUCAGCUUUUGUUACAGCCAGUCGAAUGCGAUUUAUUAUGGUACAUGAUUCUAAAAAUGAUGAAGGCAUAAAAAAUUUCUUCACUGAAGUUUAUGAAAUGUUUAUAAAAUAUGUAAUGAACCCAUUCUAUAAGCUAAACAUGCCAAUCAAAUGUGGAUCGUUUGACAAAAAAGUACAAUUCUAUGGUCGUAAAUAUUUAGUCAACUAGUAUUUUAUAACAGAUACAUUUGUAAUUAUUGUGAUCUUUAUUUUUUUUUUUCAUGUCAAAAU